AAAUCCAUAUGAGUUAUUAAGUAUUUUUGUAACUAGAUAGUGAAAUUUAAACAUAAAACUCCAGAAUCGAGUAGUAGACCAAAAUUACUCUUAGUGUAUGUCUGUUUGACCAAACCAUGAUGAAUACCACUAAUGGUGACCAAAAGCUGCAGCGCCCGUUGAAAAAGAAUGACACGAGAUGGACCGACAAGGACAAGGUUAAGCAGCUCAAGGGCAUAGCAGAAUUACACGAGAGGACAUUAAAAUGGAUGAAGGUAAAGAAAGGCGCACAGGUCGAGAAAUACAAGAAGGAGGGAAGGGAGCUGGACAAAAAGACAGAGAAGAUCAGACGGAUGUUGAAGGACAUCAGCCAAGGUGAUAGCGCACAGAUCAGAGAAAUCUUAAAACGUGACAAGGAGGCCUGGCUAAUAUGCAAAGACCAGACGCCUGACGGUGUGAUAGAGUGCCUUGAUCAUUUGAUUUUCCUUCAAAGGCGAGAGCUAGAUCGUCUCAAAUUUGAGGUUGAAUUGAAUAACAAGAAGCUUUUUGAUGCUAAGUUACAAGAAGAAAUGAUGAAUGAAGCAGAAAAAGAAAAAAUAGGACCUGCAAAGUUUCGAGUACAAGAAUUGGCUGCAGAAAUUGAGCAUGUCAAGACACAGACUAAAGCAGCAAACCUUGUCGAAAAAACUUAUGAUAGAUUGAAAAGGAUUUUAAAAAAGGAAUCGUUGAACAUCGACGAGAUUUUAGACGGCUUGAAAGUCGACAUGCUUGUUCAAGCAGAGUGUAUUCUUAAGGCCAUGGAAAUGGGUCAAACAGCGGUUGAAGACAAGGCUAACUUUAUCCUCGAGUACAAGAAGGAAAUGAAACUGGCCAAGGAAGAAAAGGAGAAACACAUGCAGGAAAUAAAGCGAUUCAAACAAAUGAUCACAAGAGUUAAGCAAAUAAAUUCAUCACUGGCCAGAGCUGAAAGUUUUGUCAAAAUAAAUUAUCAAUCGAAUGAGGAAAAACAGAAGUUCAUCAAAGAUCUGCAGGAAAAGGUGAAGAAGCGUAAAGAGCAGUUCAAAAUUCUAAUGUAUGUUACGACCAGCAAUGCUCCUCAUGAAGUGUUCCCAAGAAUUGAAGCGGUCAUGAAAGAACGAUUCCGACUUCUUCGACAGCUGGAAAUCAACAAAAUGGUUCGAGACACUGAAGUGACUAGGAAAAAUUAUAUGGAUUAUACAUUGGAGACAAUUCAAGAAAACGACAUCCUUCAAACCAGAGAAUACCAAAUUAAGAAGAAGGAGCUAGAAGAUAGGAUAGACAAAUACCGAAGAGAGGUGGAGCAGUACAAAAAGAAAAUGGCUGUCGCUGGAAGAUACGUUCUUCAGCUCCGCAAGAAUAUUUACCAUUUCAAUCGAUUAUUUGCUGAUGUCAAAAUUGGCAACCCAGGUCCUACCAACCUGGUAGCCACAAUGAGGGGUGAAGAGGAUGAGGACGAUGAUAUAUUUGAUGACUGUGAUCCCAAGGAGUUUGAUGACGAUGACCCAGAGCGUGUCUUUGCACCGGACAGUGACUCGUCUUCUGAUAACCAUGAGAUAGACAUGAACGCUGCUCAUAUUAUUGAUAUCAUAACAAUCAAGCUUAACAUCAUCCUGAAUGAGAUGAAAGAAGAGAUGAUAAAGAGAGAACAAAAGAACAUUCAGUUGCCAGAUGAAGAUUUUACCUUUGAGACAAGUUCAGCCAGUGAAAGUGAGGUUGAAGAUCUCAAAGGAGAAGAGGAUUACAUGCAAGCUGGUUAUUACGUCGGGGAACUGGGUGGGGAUACAGAUGAAGAAGAAGAAUUAGAGAGAGAAGAAGAAUUCAUUUACAGGAAGAAACUCCCUACAAGAUUGGACUUGAAAAUCAUAAGCCAGCGGAUUGUCGAUGUCAGAGAAGCCCACCCAACAUUGACUGCUGAAAAAGCGCAAAUAAAGAAACACAUUUGCUACUAGAUAGAGAAAUUAAACUUGUUUCAUUUAUUCA